GGGGAUUUUAUUGUCUGUUUUGACAUUUUUUUCACUGCCUCACUAAUUCUAGCCAUGUGAGCGCAAAAUACUUUCGUUAAGGUUGCAUCAAAAUUUUACGGCAUCUUUUUUUCUCAUGGGCUUGAAGCUGGUGGAGAAGGAGGGAUUGUGUAUGUUGCGUGGAUCCAGUUUUGUGGUACAUUUUGCAACCAACAGAACGUAGGAGCUUCGGAAAGUGCCUUAUGAUUUGGUAUCAGUCUAUUAGAGAUCUGUUUUGAAAACGCAAGUUUUUUAUUAUUGUACAGUUCAGCGUGGAAAAAUUUUGCAUGGCACUGGCAUAAUAUUUAUCGUCCCCAUAUCGGCCCGCCGAUGUUGAUGGCAGCAGCAGGCCAGUCGUCUGCGCCAAGUAGCUCCACGCGCCACUUAUCAUUCCUACUCGGCAUUUCUUUACAUAUGCAUUUUGAGGAUCUCUUGAAAGUAUCAAGAUUAUGGUGCUUUUGAUCAGUGUGCGCGUCCGCCACUUGAAAGCACCAUGCAUUGACAACGUCGGUAGUUGAUUGUUCUACAGUUGACCGUCUUUUGCGACGUCGUGCACAGCUGCCAGUCUGAGCAGCGCCACUGGAAAAUGUCUGGCUUCCCGUGAAAAUUAAUUCCUUCCACCGGGGGUGCGGGAAUGGGUUGUCUGGAAACUCUGCUGAUUUUUACCAUCAUCUCAUUGGUAAUCGGUGAUGCGGAUGUUGUGUUCAAGGCGGAAUUUGAAUGUACGAGGGAAAGUCCCAGCCGUCACUUAAUUGCCGUUCCCACGGGGAAUUUGACGUUCCAGGAGAAAAAGAAUCUGAAAAGUGCGGGACAUUUGCCGUGCCAGUGGUUUAUCGAUGGCUCGGCAUUCGGUACGAACAUCCAUUUUUCCGUAACGCAGAUCAUCGGAGACUGCUCCUUCCAAAGCUGCGUGUUGGUGUUCGAUGGAGACUCACUGGAAGAUCCUCCCCUGGCCUCCCUGUCUCCGUUUGUGGAGGGGACGAAGCGGGAACUGCUGAGCAUUGUCUCCAGCACACCGAAGAUAUUCGUCCAAGUGGCAGCUGGUUGUCAGCGUCUGUUGCUAAUUAAUGCAACCUUCCGGGUGAUUAAUUGCACUGGCUGCAAUGGGGAUUGCUCGCCUGGUGUGAUACACAGUGACUGUGAUAAUAAAUGUCCAAUGGCUUGUCCGGAAGUGCCGGCCAAGGAUACCCCGUGCGAUAGCAACGAUCCCGGGUGUGUCUGUUCGGAUGAUACCAGUGAAUCAUGUCGUUUAAUCGACAUAAAACCGGUAUUAUCGAGUACCCUUCUGGAAAAGGGAGCAAGACGAGCUGGCCAUUCUGCUGUAUUUUUCAACCAGUCUAUGUGGAUUUUUGGCGGAUAUGAUUUUGUUUCCGUGCUGGAUACUCUGGAUACAUACUCCAUCGCCGACAAUAAAUGGGCACCGUUCCAGUACUCGAACCUCUCCACGGAGAAACCCACUGGUCGCUAUCUCCACUCAGCCAUAAUACUCAAUAAUACUAUGCUCGUUUUGGGCGGAUUAAAUUCCCGGCAUGUGGUAGUGGAGGAUUUUUGGGCUUUUAGCUUUCUGAACGGUGUUUGGAAAUCUUUACCUCCUCUUAUACCUGGUUUGGCAGGCCACAGCGCGACAGUGGUGGAAGAGACCAUAUAUAUUUUUGGUGGAUAUAUGAAAAACGGAUCUUUAUCCAACACGUUGUUUGUAUUUUCCCCGGCUGCUAAUCAAUGGUCUGUGGAAUAUCCGAAAAGUGGUCCAGGUCCGUACUUGAAAAUGGCCGGACAUUCGACGGUAUUCUACGCUCCACUGCAGAGUUUGGUGGUUUUUGGUGGAAUACGCAGUAUGGUACUGGACGACGGGUUGAUGUUCAUGUAUCAUCUGCGGGAACAGAUCUGGACGUCGGUCGGACAGCGUUUUCCUCCGGAUUCCCUGGCAUUGUAUUCGCAUUUGGUAUUUCAUAAGGCAGAUGUAGUGGGAUCUUAUAUGGUUAUCACGGGUGGAUAUGAUAUGGGGAAUACUCGCUAUUGUACGGAGAGCGGCGUGUAUCUGUACCAUUUGGACUGUCAGGUUUUUGUCACGCAGACCAUGAUUGCCGAAAAGAAUCUCUCAUUUCCUGAUCUCAAUCGGUUCGGCCAUUCCACAAUACUCAGCAAUAAUAAUCUCAUUAUUUACGGCGGCUUAUCGGAUAUAAUGCUCAAUAAAUUGGAAAAAUUGUCCCUUCCUGAUUUGGUUACCUCGACGGGCUACCAUUGUGUUAAAGACUAUCCUGAUCGAGCGACAUGUGAAGGCGAUCUUUCGUGUGUAUGGUGCGUGAAAUCAUCCGAGGAAGACGAUCACGGAGUCUGUGUGGGUCAACAGGGUGCGCAGAGUAUCUGCGGCGCUGUUAGCAAUCCCUCUUGUCCCGGUCUGUGUCCGGCACUCUCCACCUGCACUUCCUGUUUGGCAUUCAAACAGCCCAAACAGUGCUCAUGGUGUUUACAGACCUCAAAGUGCGUAGCUAACGUCCCAACAAAUCGCGAUAAUUGCCUGGAUAAACGUGUAAAAGAUGCCGCUUCGUGGUCACUAAACACUCGUCCCCAAACAGUGGACUACACUGACCAGUGCCAGCUACCGCCCUCGAAAUCCGGCCUGACAUUUCUUCUCUAUCAACCAGAUCCGGACCUCCAGAUCCCCGAUGAAGUGAACUUAAUUGAAACUUCCGCGCUGUCAUACCACCCUAUCGUUCGUUUCCCACCCGACCGGGAUAUGGGCACGUUAAUUGUGGAAAUGCGCGGCUUCCUGCAUCCGCUCGGCGCUAAUCCCAAAUCCACAUGGGAUGCGCAGUUGCGUAUGUGGGAACGGAUGGGGAAUUCGGCCGGGUUUGAUGGCGUUGCGCAGUUAUGGCUCAGUAAAGACAGCGAUCCCAAGAAUGCAGAGUUGGUAGUCGAGUCCCGCGGUAUCUUCCCCAUCAAAUCAGAAAUCAGUCGGCAUGAUGGAUCGCCGUUGUUUCCGGAUGUGGAUGGGACGUAUUAUGUAAAAUUUGUUUACCAAAUGACCGUAAUUAAACAGAGAAUUUCACCGGAUUUCGAGGUUCAUUUGUACCUAUCUUGGAAUGGAAAUUCCAUUGUUAGCCAGCCGUUUGAGACAAAAAAUUUGGAGCCGUUCACCACCGGCGGCUCCGGCUGUACUCGUUACAGUAACUGCUGGAAAUGCCUUUCCGAUAUGAGUUGCGGUUGGUGUGGCACAACACAGGAAUGCUAUCCAAAACCCACCGAUCCGAAUGCCUAUUCAUUGUGCAACGAUCCCAAUGGUGAAUCGAUUUAUCUGACUGUUGAUGUCCACCAGUGUCCAUCCUGUCAUAUGCUGAACGAUGCGUCAUCCUGCAACCACGAACGCCACUGCAAAUGGGAUACGGUGGCUCACGGUUGUUACCGCAGCAGCUUAGUAUCGCAGGAUCGUGCCUUGUCAAUCGAAACCGACUGCACGAAACACACCUCCUGUUCGACCUGUGUCCACGCGACGGAAAAAUGUCUGUGGUGUCAUUCACUGGGACAGUGUUUGCCUAAAAGUGCGCUGAGUGUAAUGGCAGCUUUCGGGCAGUGUCGAUUCUGGGAGAAUGCCGAGGUGACGGAUCCAUGUACGGAUUGUAAAGAAAUUAAAGAUUGCGAUAGCUGUCUGUCGCGGCCAAGCUGUGGAUGGUGUUCGAAGACAGGGAAGGAUCCCCGGCAAGGAGAAUGUCUAACCGGAAAUUCCGUGGGUUUGAACUUGACGGAUGAUUUAGUGUGUCCACGGAAUGGCAAUGGAUCAGCGGGGCAUGUGUGGUCGUACAGUACAUGCCCAGAUGUCGAUGAGUGUGCUCUGGGAAUUGCUGACUGCCAUGAGAAUGCAACAUGCGUUAACGUUAAAGGCGACUACCGGUGUGAAUGCGCUCCUGGCUACAAAGGCGACGGUCGGACAACGUGCAUUAAAACAUGUGACCGGGAAUGCUUAAACGGCAAAUGCUCCGAUGUUCUCAUGCCGAAUUUGGAACCGUUCAAAUGCAUAUGCGAUCUCGGAUGGACGGGAGCGCAGUGUGAAAUCGACUGUGGCUGUAAUUUCCACAGCACGUGCACGCGAAAUGUUAGCCAAUGUGAUCAGUGUUUUGGUAACACGGAAGGCCAGUUUUGCGAACGAUGUGUGCGCGGGACAUUCGGAAAUGCCACAGCCGAUAAAGGAUGCCUACCAUGCUCAUGCAAUGGCCAUGCCGAUAUUAGCCAGCCAUGCGAUAGCGUUACGGGACGUUGCCAUUGCGAGUAUCCGUAUUUUGGGCGGAAUUGUGAAAAGUGUCCUCCGGAUUUCUUUGGCGACCCAAUAAGCGGAGGAAUUUGCUACAGCCGUUGCCGUUCGCGAACUUUGAUUCUGAAUGCGACUAGUGGUGGGUUAGGUAAUGAGAACGAUCUUCUCGAUGGAUUUUGCCUGUGGAUUCUGGUCUCUGGCAAGGAGGAUUACUUUGGAGAUCGCUUACCAUUAUCUUUAACUAUUGGCCAGUCCAUGGAAGUGAUGUGCCCGAACAAUUCCAUCGCCGUGACGGAUGGCCUUCCCGACUGGCUAGUCACCGCCGACAUCUCCACUGAACUCGCAGAAGACGAUACCCGCUUAUUUGAUCUAUGGGAAGCUGUAAAUCGACCCAGUUCAUUGUUAGGCAACAUAUGCGGUCCUCUAAAAAGUCCCAUGACCCUGGUCAGCAAGUCGGGAAUCAUGACGAUACUGUUCCGCAGGUCCAGUCGAUCGGAGAAGUUCAAUGCGACAUAUGCAUUGGAAGAAGGUUAUGCGAGACGGAAACGUGGUAUCUCCGUUAUACGGUUGCCUCCUCGAGUGGGGCAUAGCAUUGAAGUUAUCAAGAAUACAGCAUAUUUGUUCAGUGGAAUGGAUCAGUUGCGAGGGAUUGUGAACGAUAUGUGGGCCAUUUCUCAUGAUGCUUUGCUGACCGAAGCGGGGUGGACGUUGCUGGACGAAAUUCCGCGACCGCGACCAUUACCGCGAUAUUUCCAUGCUUCAUGCGUUGUGGGAGAUUUGAUGGUUGUGCAUGGGGGAUAUGUGGAGAAUGCCGAUCGGGUGCAAGUUGGCAACGAUUUAUGGAUCUUCAAUGUGACGAGCAAAACAUGGCAGGAAUUGACUUUGCGUUAUUUACCGCGGCUUGCCGGGCACACGAUGACUGUUGUUCGAGAUACCAUCUACAUAAUUGGAGGAGGCGCAGAAUCCUUCAGUGACAUCGUUUACUCGUAUAAAAUGACCGAUACGCAAUGGCGAGCCCUUCCUUUAAACGGUUCCCGUCCGCCCGGUGUAUAUGGACACUCGGCCACAUAUUUUCCUCUUCGCAAUGCAAUAUUUGUGUUCGGUGGUUAUCGUUUCGAUAUUGACCGGUCGGGUAUGUCUAGCAUGUUCAGUGUACUGGACCUUGGGCGACGGCGCUGGAUUUUGAUGCCUACAUUAACCCAGGAGAACAUGGGACCACUCGUGCCUCGCAUGUUUCAUGCAGCAACGUAUGUCCGUUCGGGAAAUUAUAUCAUUGUUGCCGGCGGCAGGACGCCGGACGGGGUCUUUGAUGAGGGAGUUUUGAUUUACCGAUUCAAAUGUAACCAGUGGUUGGAUGAAACCCAUCCGAAUAUUACAGCAUUUCUUAGUCCUGGGUUUGUUCAUUUUGCUAACGACUCGCAGAGUUUCUUGUAUUUGGCAUCGGGAUUUAACUUUGUUCCCCAGACAUUCAUUAAGUUCAGCCGUAUCGAGCCGGUGGAUGAUUUCUGCACUCGGAACGCAAAUACACGACUAUGUUUGGCGACAUACGGAUGCGGAAUGUGCGGGACAGAGAAUGGAUCUUUCUGUUUCGAUAAUUCUUUAUCGGGCAUCAACUGCGGCGUGAGGGGUAGCAUGUUUCCAGGAACAUCCUGUGAUGAGAAUUUGCCGGUUGUGAAGAUCUGCCGGGAGCAGAAAGAAUGUCGAACGUGUGUAGCGCCAUGGUUUGGCGUUGGGGAGGAUGAUAGCCGGUGUCAGUGGUGUACAAACUGCGGUAACGGGCUAUGUAUUGAACGAUAUGAGACAUGUGAGGCAUCGUUGUCAUGUAAUCGCAGCAAUGCGGUCAUCAGAGACCCCGGAUCUUGCCCUGACGAACGCUGUCACUAUGCGGACUGCCAGAGAUGCACGGAAGCCAGAGUGGGUUGUUUUUGGACGCGACACUUUCAGCGGAACACCGAAACAUUGAAGAAGUUUCGGAAGACUCCGGUGUUUCCUUGGAACUGUUUUCCGGUGGAAUUAUCGCAGAAAUUGAGUCCCCCACCGGAAGAUAUCGAGGCGUCUCCGCCGGGUGACUGUCCGAUGGCAUGCGGCCGUUUUGAAACAUGCUCCGAGUGUCUGAAUUCUGGGGGAUCGGCCGGUGGGUUUCAGCAGUGUGCUUGGAGCGAAGACCGCGAGGAAUGUCUGAAUCCGGCGAUGGUCAGUCUGCGCUGUCCACUGGGUAACUGUGGAGCGUUAUUGUAUGGAGGGUCGCGUGAUCGUUGUCCCAGGGAACCGCGGAGUAUCACGGUGUGUCGGGAAUGCUUGAAAGUUCCCAAGGCCGGAUGGUGUGCGGUGGAAGGGAGUAAUGGAAUCGGAACGUGUAUGUCAGGCGGAAUUAGUGGACCGCUGCAAGGGUUCUGUGCCGCCAGUAACAAUGUCUCCAAGCCGAUCAUCUCGAUGACAGUGGAGAUUGACGCUAAGAACACCAAAGUGGCGGCGCCGGUGGGACUCUUGGAAGACUCGCAGCGGCAUACUUGGCAUUUUUUGACGUGUCCAGUGGAGGAUGAAUGCACUAACGGACAUCACACGUGCGAUGAGCAAAGCGAAGAAUGUCAUGAUUCUCCAUCGGGUUUUAACUGUACGUGCAAACCUGGAUUUGCCACUACAUUCACCGGCGAGGCAGACCACGGUGUCCAAUGUAACCCGAUCUGCAGUGCGGGAUGUCAUUCGGGGCGUUGUAUUGCACCGGACACUUGUAAAUGCGACUUCGGAUACGUUGGAGCUGACUGCUCGGUAGCCUGUCAGUGUAAUGGAAACAGCGACUGUCCUAGCGACACAGAACUGACCACCUGUAUUCAGUGUAUGAACAACACGAUGGGGAGUCGAUGUGAGCGGUGCGUGGAUGGCUACGUAGGAAAUGCGAAGCCGGGUGGACGAUGUCAGUCGUGCAGCUCGUACUGCAACGAGCAUUCCAGUAUUUGUCUGACAUUAUCACAAAUCUUUAAUACCAGUGAUAAUUCCAUGCUGCCGGAUAAUCCGUUCCAGGGAAUUGAUUUCCUCUCGUUGAAGGGUGUCUUAGAUCGUGAUCGACAGAAUAACGUGCAGGGUAAUAAUAUCGCCAUAUGCUACAAAUGCGAUGGCAACACCACCGGGCACCGCUGCGAAAGCUGCCUUCCUGGCUUUUUCCGUCCGCCUCCCAAUUCCAAACCACAGGAUCCGUGUCGUCCCUGUGAAUGCAAUGGCCACGAUGACUCGUGUAAUGCCUUCUCCGGGACAGGCUGUAAAUGCGCCAACAACACGGCAACGGAGCCGUUGUGCGAUGGAACGGAUAAAAAAGACAUGCCUAGUGGUGUGCCCUGCUGGACGAUGCAGUGCGCAAUAUGCAAGGAGUAUUUCAUUGGGCGACCGACGGGCGGGCACCAGUGUUACCGGCAGAUGUCUGUCGGGGAGGAUUACUGUUUUGAUCCGGAAAUGCCCCGGGGGCGGUGCUCCAACUGGGACCCGUCCAAACCGCUGCGGCAGGGACGUUCGGUGUUUUUCGCUGUUCAGCCCAAAUAUUUGAAUGUGGAUAUAAGGAUUUACGUCGAUGUGACCGCUGGAGGAGUGGAUCUGUUUCUGUCUGAUCAAGAUGAUAUGUUUGCCAUUAGUGUGGAUAAGAAAAACGGUUUCCAUUAUGUUAAUGUGGACAAACGUUACGUCGACAAUCAACGGGGUAUCGACGAGGUUGUCGACUUUCAUCGCGCCCUGGAUGUCGUAUCAUACGUGACCGCAUCGGAACAGAAUAGAGUGGUGAUCGUUCGGGAUGUGCGCCACCGGCUGAUCUUAACGAUUCCGUAUUACGGACAUGAUCUGAAGAAUUCCAAAUUCUAUGUUGUGGUACAUGGGAUCGGAUCGCCAACAUCGGAUGUAACUCGUGGCCGAAUAUUGUUCCGGCAGGAUCAGCCGCACAUUGAUCUGUUUGUCUUCUUUUCUGUGUUCUUCUCAUGCUUCUUCCUGUUCCUUGCGAUCUGUAUUUUAUUAUGGAAAUUUAAGGAUGUAUAUGGAAUACGACAGAACCGACAACGUGUGGCCAUUGAACUACAGACGAUGGCUAAACGGCCGUUUGGAAAGGUGUUUCUCGUUUUUGACAGGAUGAAUAAAGGUCGGCCAGAUAGGCCGAUGUACGGAUUAGCUGAUGACUCUCUAAUCCAUGAGGAAGCAUCGACGUCCAAAGGUGUAAAGAAGAUGGUUCCGAAGUUGCGGAAAAAGCGCCGCAACCACAUCGACCCCAGUGAUCCGUCGUCGUCGGGUGCAGCGGGUACCGGCGACGUGAACGCGGUUAAAGUGGCCAAAUAUGCACCGGUGGCGGUGGAGUAUUUACACGGUGGAUUGGUGGCCGUGGCCACGUUACCCGUUGAGCUGCCCGGCGGACCAGAUUGUCCGGCGCGGUUCUGUUUAGCGUCCACGCUCGUAUCCACGCCGCAGUUUCUCAGUGCCAAUGUUGUCAAGAAUGAUUAAUAAGUUAUGUGGUUGUUUUUUUUGGGAUGGGGGGUGGGAUGGAAAUUAGCUUUGGUUGGGAUGAUUCUGUAUGUAUGUCUGUAUGUAUAGGUUUUGGGGUGGGGAUGGUUGCUGUUUUGAUUUAUAAUUGGUUGGUUAUCCUUUGCUUUGGAGCCGCUUUCGUUCUAGUCAUUUUAUCACUCGGCAGGAAAUUUUUAUGUAUUGGAUCUUAUUUUGUACCGAGAAGGAUGAGUUUGUUUCGAGUGUGGUUUUAUUUUUAACGACAGCUAUUCAGUUUUAGACGUAUAAGUGUACAGAAUUGUACUCUACAGAUUUCUUGCAGCUGACAAAUUGCAAUGCAAUACUGAUAAUUAAAGCAGAUGAAA